CUCAGUCUCACCUUCCGAGAAAAUGCUAGUUCAAGUCAAUGUCAAUGAUUCUCUCCCUUUAAUAAAAAAAUUAAAACAUCUAUUGGUGGAGAAGGAUCAUAUAAUUUCUACACAAAGUCCUCUUAUACAAGUUCACUUUCAGAUAAUCCCAAACCAAGAAGUGAAAAAUAAUUUUCAGUAAAAGUUAUGAGCAGAAGAAAAUCCUUCUCCUGUUCUGCGGAAUCAAUAUCACUUUUAUGGUUCCUCCAAAUUGUUAUGGUUGUUAUAGUGAUACUACAACACCAUCAUCAUCAAACAUGUGAUGCAAGUACUAUUACUAUUACUAAUAACCAAACAUAUUGUCCACCUUCUUCAUGCGGCAAAAUCACAAACAUAAAACCUCCCUUUCGACUUAAGAAUGAUCCAACAACCUGCGGUGAUCCGAGAUACGAGUUAGCCUGCGAAAACAACAUGACAAUGUUAACUCUGUUUUCCGGUAAAUACUAUGUUAAAUCAAUCGACUACGAAGACUACACAAUUCAGUUAGUUGAUCCUGGAAUUGCAGAAGGUGAUUGCUCUUCCAUUCCUCGCUAUUUCUUAACCGAAUCCAACUUCACAUACAAUUAUCCCAUUGAUAGCAACCGCGUGGAUCCAUAUGAAAUUAGUUAUUAUUCUGGGUACGGUCGCGGGCACAUAAUAUACUUGAAGUGUAGCAAACCAGUGAAGAACGAUCCUAAGUAUGUGGAUACAUCUCCGUGUGGAGUUAACUCAGACUCCAAAAGCUAUGUUUAUGCUGCGAUGGGGUACUUGAAAGUUGAGAGUUUAAGAGAUUAUUGCAAAGUGAAGCUUGUUGCUAUGACAUAUUCAGCUGAUAACCCAAAUCGAUCCCUUUCAUACAAGGAAAUUUAUGGAAUGCUACAAAAUGGUUUUGAGCUAUCGUGGUUCAGUGGUGCUUGUAAACAAUUAUGCGGAGAUAAUCAAAUAUGCGAGUAUCCCAACUCAAAUCUUAAAUGUCAAUCAAACAUUUGCAGUUAUCCAAUGGGAGCUGAUGGGAAUUGCGACCAAAUGUCAAAGCUGCGCAUAUUAGCAGAAGAUAUUAUACUAGGCAUCAUUAAAGGAGCACUGCAAGUAAUUGGCAUAACAAAAACCUAUACUUUAUACAAAGUAAUUGGCAACACAAAAACCGAUGCAUCAUCCAAAGAAGAUGUUUCUAUUUCAAAAAUUGGCAUCGAAAUAGGAAGAAUCACAGGCAAAUAUAUCUUGCCAUCAUAUAUAGUGAGAUUUGUAAUGGGCCUUAUAGUUUUCUUUGUACUACUGAUAAAUACAUGUCGGAGAAGACAUAUAUCAAUAUACGAGAGUAUUGAAGUUUUUCUUCGAGCAAAUACCUUGAUACCAAUUAGAUAUUCAUACAAAGAAAUAAAGAUGAUGACUGGAAGUUUUAGAGCCAAGUUGGGUGAAGGAGGUUUUGGAGCCGUUUUUAAAGGAAAGCUACGCAGUGGGCCAUUUGUGGCAGUAAAGGUGUUGGGUAAAUCUAAGGGCAAUGGACAAGAUUUCAUUAAUGAAGUUGCAACUAUAGGAAGAAUACAUCACACCAAUGUGGUUCGACUUACCGGAUUUUGUAUUGAGGAAUCUAAACGUGCUCUUAUUUAUGAAUUCAUGUCCAAUGGUUCUCUUGAUAAAUAUAUUUCUUCUAAAGAGGAUACCAUCUCUCUUACUUAUAAGCAAAUGUAUGAGAUAUCUCUUGGAGUAGCUCGUGGUAUUGCUUAUUUGCAUGAAGGAUGUAACAUGCAAAUUUUGCAUUUUGACAUCAAGCCCCAUAACAUCCUUCUCGAUGAGAACUUUAUCCCCAAAGUUUCAGACUUUGGUCUUGCAAAGCUUUAUCCUAAUGACAUUAGAACUGUCCCUCUAACUGCAGCAAGAGGAACGAUUGGUUACAUGGCUCCUGAAUUAUUUUACAAAAAUAUUGGAGGAGUAUCCUACAAGGCUGAUGUAUAUAGCUUUGGAAUGCUUUUGAUGGAAAUGGCAAGUAAGAAAAGAAAUUCAGAUCAAUAUGCAGAGCGUUCAAGCGGAUUUUUCUAUCCCAUUUGGGUUUAUGAUCAAUUGAAUGAAGAAAAAGAGAUUGAAAUGGAUGAACUUACCAGUGAGGAAAUGAUUAAUGUGAAAAAGAUGUUCAUAACUGCGUUAUGGUGUGUACAAUUAAAACCAAUUGAUCGUCCUUCAAUGAACAAAGUAAUAGAAAUGCUUGAAGGAAAUAUUGAGAACAUCGAUAUGCCUCCAAAACCUUCUCUAUAUUCAAAUGAAACUAUUCAGAAUGAUCGUGAAGUAACCUUUGAUGAAAUCGAGUCAGAUGCUGAUGAUGACUCUGUUAGUUUGUUGAAGGAAACAAACUCAUAGCCUUUUCAUAAUAUAUUAUGCUUGAAAUUGUUGAUAAUUUUCUUUGACAAUUUAUAUUUUUGUUUCUCUUUACCAUGAAAUCUUAAUUUUUCAUCGGAUGAAGUAAACUCUUUAGGUUCUCUCUACAUGUAUCAUAAUAUUGUGUUUCAUAUGCCUCUCGAUAGUCCUGUUUGACUAAGGAUAUUGAAUUUGACCUUUUUUUUGUCAAGUAGCCUGGUGGCUAAACUGUCACACAUUUCUUUUUUUUUUUGCUUUCAGCAACGGUUGAAUCUGGUUCGAAGGUCAGUUCUUCAAAAGAUAUAAAGUCAUGUAAUUUCACUAGAUUGUUUUCUCCCUUCCAAUGCCGGUAUUGCGGCGGCGGACACUCCGGCAAAGAGGCCACCGUGCAUAGCAGUUUUAGGUUGAAUCUGAGGUGGCUGUCAACAACAGAUCGAAACCCGGACGAAGGGUGGUAACGAUGAUGGUAAUAACGACGGCGGUAAGGAUGACGAUGGCGGUAACAACGACGGAGGUUACGGCCGCGAAGGUAACAACUAUGAUAGUAAUAAGCAACAACACAUGAUUGAUGACAGGCUCGCGGCAAAUACGCCGUGAGGAACGGCUGUCGGCGUUAGUGACAGUGACAAAUGUUGUGUUGACGGUGGGUGCGAAACUGGAGAGUUUGAGAACAUGUAGAAAAUGGUAGCAGCAGCACUAAAGAAAGUGAAAAGGUA